GUGAGCGCCGCCCGGCCGGCAGCGGAGCGGGCCGCGCGCGCGCUGGUGCUGACGCUGUGAGCGGGGGCGCAAUGCGUGCCGCGGUGCAGUAGCGGGGCUGUGCAGGACGGAGGGGCGCGCGCUGUGUCGGUGCUGCGGAGCCGCCGGUCGAGCGUCGCCGUGCUGCGGUAGAGCAGCGAGUGGGAAAGAGAGAGAGAGAGGGAGGGGAGAGCGCACGCACGGGCGGCGCGCCCCAGUGCGUGAGCGGCGCGGCGCGCCGCUGCCAUGGCCGUCCAGGUGAACAGUGUGUACUACACGUCACCGCGGACGCGACCCGAGCGGGCCAGCAGCGUCGACCAGCUGGACUUCCAGCAGCGGCGCCAGAUGAUUGCGUCCUCGCUCUCGUUCAGCGACCUGAUCUCGGGUCACAAGGUCGUCGCCGCCGUGUCGCAGAGCAAGCCGGCGGACGGCGCCAAACGCGAAGGCGCCAAGCAGAACGGCGAGAUGGGCCGGGGCGUGCCGGCCUCGCGGGCCCGCACGCCGCCCGUCGAGCGCAAACACAAGUUCGCCUCGCUCGGCCGCUUCUUCAAGCCCUGGAAGUGGAAGCGGAAAAAGAAAUCGGACAAGUUCGCCGAAACACAGCGCUCGCUGGAGCGCAAGAUCUCAGUACGCGCCAACCGGGAAGAUCUGAUCCAGAAGGGGAUCCUGAUGCCGGACACGCCUACCUCGCCGCCGCCCGGUCCCGUCGGGGAAGCACCAGACCUGCUGAAGGAGCGGGACCACCUGAACGGCACGGUCAAGUCGUCGCCGCAGGCGCAGCACCAGGCUCCGCCGUACAGCGCGGCGCCGCCGCCGCCAGCC